AUGGCAGUGGAGCCGGAGCAGAGAGAUGUGCAGAAGCGGAUCUCAUUUGGGACGUGUCAAGAGCGGAAAAUUUUCCCUUUCCACCACACCUCAGACAGGCUGGGAAUCCAGCUGACAGCUAUCAGGGGAGACCCUUCGCUUGGGCCAGGCUCUUACCCAACUGAAGAGAGAAGCAGCCUCAGCUACUCCUUGGAAAGCAAACCAUUAAGCAGGAAAGGCUAUGUGAUAGGAGCCAGAACAGCCCAGCGUUUCAUGCCAGAGCCACAGACUGUGACUCCCAGCCCGGCAACGUACCAAUCAUUCUGGAAUAAAGAGAGAAAAUGCCAGCCUGCCUGUGCUCCAUUUUCCAUUAAGACACCACGAUUUCCAGUUAAGCCUUCAGAUAAAGAAAUUUUCCCGGGGCCUGGAACUUAUGAAGCAGACAAGCAAUUACACAAAAAAAUCACUUGGCCGAUGAAGUUUGGGUCUCCAGACUGGUCUUUAGUGCCAAUGCCAGCAAAGAGGAUGCUAAAAACGGAGGUGCAGAAGCUGACCGUAGACAGAGAAUUCCGGAAACACCGGGACCGAGUGGCUUACCUGAGUUUAUAUUACAGCUGA